AUGUCAACCGAUAAAGCACACAAUGAAAACAGCUCUGAAUGUGGCUCUGAAGCGAAAAGAAGGUCCCAAUUACGCUCUGAAAAGAGAAAAUCUGAGGUUUUGAUCGCUGCCCAAUCAUUGGAUUCUGAACUUCAACAUGUUAAGAAUCUGAAAAGGAUAUCGAUCGGCUCCUUGGAUAUGCUGAUUGAUCCAGAAAUGGAAUAUCGUGUGAGUCCUACGACAUCGCAAGCCUCGUCACUAAGUGACGACUCUGUAUCUAUAGAAUCCUUACCACAGGAGGAGCAUGGUGAACGUUAUAGCGUUGAAGAAGCUGUGGGUGAAACGCUUUCAUUUGCCAAUGAUGAUAGCAUAGAUGUUACAAGUGCUGAAUAUUUACAGGAGUCGGUGGCACCAGCAAUUAGCCAGGUUUCUUCUUCAGGGCGUAGUCUAAGCGGCGUUCGCAGAGGUGGUCUCUCUAGUAAAUCACCUUCUGAUGAAAUAAUAAAUCCGAAAUCCCGUGAGGGCCCAGUGAAACAAAAUCUUCUGUGGGUCCCUGCUAAUCAGCAUCCGAGUGUGAAACCCGAAAAUUAUUUGGAACUUGUCCAAGAUACAUUGCAUACGUUGAAGAUAGACAAAGAUUUCGACGCUCCCUCCGAACAGCACCCUCCAACAAAAUCUGCAUUGAAGACUACCAGCUCACCUUCCAAUCAACUACGAUCGGGUUCAAGCGCAAUUGUUCGCCGUCCAUCCGGAUUGCGCAAAUCGUAUACAGAACUGGAGGAUUUACUGAAGCAAGAGCUGGAAAACGAUGGUGGAGAGCACAACGAAAAAGCGAGGGGUGCAAAAUGUGCCACUGGUCUCCAACAGGCAACUAGAUCAACAUCUUUGAGGGACAUCACAGAAGAGUUGACGCGAAUCUCGAAUAGGGCUGGCUUUACCGAUGAGGAUGCUGUGUCGUUAGCCCGGACUCUUAGUAUGGCAGGCUCUUACGAUAAUCCUGAGAUGGUCAAUCAAUCCCCAGGAUCUAAUAAUCAGACUGACGGUGAACUGGAAUAUGCUUCCAGCAUUUUUACCAAGGGAGGACUAGCUAUUCCUGUACGUUCUUCUUUGAGGCGUAGCAAAUUCAACUCAUAUCGCAGAAGGACACCUAGCGGAAGCAGUUUAGGUAGCUCUAGCUUACCAUCGUCCAUCUCAGAAGCCGCACCACAGCCCCAAGCUGAAAAACCCAGCGUCCCUUCUACUCGGGCUACUGAAAGCGCUGUGCAGUCCCCGAGCUCCAUUAGUGAUUUCAAUGAAAUUUACGAUCACUACCGACAAAGCAGCUUAGGAAGUCUUUCAGACUUGAACUCGACUGAGAACGACCACGAAGACCCACUUGAGACAUCUAGAGCAAGUGAUGAUAAAUCAAGCGCUGCGAUAAAAGAUCAAUACGAAUUCUACGACGAUUCCCUCAAUCAUAUUGGUAAGGUGCAGAGGGUGGAUAUAGAUCAUACUAGUCAAACCUCACGAAAGAAGACAGGUUGGAAUUGGUUUGGCAAAAAGACUGCGAAGGACCAAGAGCCUGUCAAAGGGGUUGAGAGACGAUUUUCAAACGAUUUUGUCAACGUGAAAGAGAACGAAACAAAAACCACAAACAGACCGCUAGACAAGGUGAGUCACUCUAGACAUCGCCAUCACAGGCUCGAGAAUAAUGAUGGGCGGGAAAGGCAAGACUUAGUUACAACUCAUGCGAACACUUCGUCCCUUAAAAAGGCAAAACGAGGAAACAAAUUUAUACAUUUAUUCAAACGCAAUCGUUCUUCUUCGACGGGUCACAGAGAUACCGAUGAAGGAAGUGGGUCACAAGGUAACAUCAAGAAAGGGAUUAGCGGCGUACUUAGAACGAGGGCAUCGUCAAACAAUCUUACAGAGCGUCAUCAAGCUCCCAAUUCAGAAAAUCGUAUCGACUAUAGCAUUGAUGGUCUACCAAGUGACCAAGAGAAGCCGUCACGGGUCACACAUAAUUUCCAAGGGCAUGCCGAAGAGCCGAUAACAAAACUCCAACCGUCUGUCAACGUCACAUCUACAAUCAAAAAGACAGUUACUACAGAUUUGGACUCUUCUGAAAAGUUGAGUCUAUACUCAACAGACAAUUCGGAAGACUCGCCCUCAUCCACGGUACAAUUCGAACAUGAAAUUGAUCUGAAAUUGGCUGACGGAGGGCAUUUUGAUACCGAGAAAAAAACGGGAGCCAACAUCGACAGCAGUAUUGCUGUGAGAGAGGACCCGGAGGAUGUAUUGCAAAAGAGUAGUUCCGCUGACUCUUUGAAACGUGAUAUCGAUUCCAAGCACCCCGAAGCAACAAAAACGGGCUUGGAGGAGAAACCUGCCCAAAUUGUCGCACCCGCCGCAGGAGGAUAUAUUCUGCCACCUCGAAAGCUGACGUUUGAUGAUGUGAUGAAACCGGAACGACCCAACUCACCCAUGGUUUUCAGCGAUAGUUCUUUCGGCUUCCCCCUGCCGCCACUAACCAUUUCAACUGUUGUAAUGAUUGACCAAAGGCUACCAAUCAAUGUGGAGCGUGCAAUCUACCGCCUUAGUCACCUGAAGCUAGGAGAUCCCAAAAGGGAACUGCGUCAGCAGGUCGUACUGAGUAACUUCAUGUAUGCAUACCUGAAUUUGGUCAACCAUAGCUUGUAUCUGCAACAGCUGGAAGAACAAAAUGCCACCUCCAUCUCAACAGAUGACAUGGAAUAA